AUGACUUCAGAACUUAAUUAUGAUUGUUUACAAAAUAUUUUUAAAAUUUUCGAAUAUAAUAAUGAUCAAGAUAUAUUAUUUAAAUGUAUUCUAGUUAACCGUUCUUGGUGUGAAUCUGCAAUACCUUAUUUAUGGAAAGAUCCAUUUUCAAUUGUUCGUAAAAGAGAAAAUUCGAGAAAAUUACUUACAACAAUUAUUUCAAUGUUUCCUUUUGAUAAAAUUAUAGAAGAAAAAUUAAAAUUAUAUGAAUAUGAACUUAUUCAUCUUAAUUAUAAACAAUCAUUUUAUAAUUAUCUUAACUUUUGCAGAAUUUUUAAAUUCGCCGAAUUUUAUGGAUUUGUCGAUAAAUGUGCUCAUGCAGUAACCAGUAAAAAUGUAGGAAAAGUUUCAUCAAUUCUAUGUAUUAGUAUUUAUAAAAUAAUUUUUGAGAAUUGUACAGAAAUUAGGAAAAUUAGGAUAUCAAGUCUUCCUAAAAUAAUAAUUAAAAAUCAGAAUUUUAAUAAUCUUUCAAACCUUCAAGAAUUAGAAAUUUGUAAUUUUACCACGGUUAAAUUCUUUGAAAAAUUAGUUCAUGUUUGUAAAAAAAUUAAAAAGAUUAGAAUUAUUACAAAUGCAUUUAAUAACUCUAAAGAAUUGGUUAAUCUCUUUAAAGUUCAACAAAAUUUAAAAAUUAUACAUUUCUUGAAUGAUUUAAAUCAAUGUCAAAUAAUUACCGAAGAAUUAUCAACACAAAUUCUUUCAAAUAUUGAGGAACUUAUUAUGAAAAAUUUCAUGUUUGUACAAAUUAAAACUCUUUCAAAUUUAAAACGUUUAGAAUUUACAUUUACAUUAUGUUCUCCUCAAAUAGUUGCUACAUUCCGGAACGUAACUUGUCCACUCUUGGAAGUUUUAAAAUUUCAUCGUGAUUUCCCACCUUUAAAUGUUUUGGCAGAAUUUAUAGAAAAGACUGAAGGUCAUUUACAAUGUUUCUACUUGGAGUCAUAUUCUUCUAUGUAUCCAUACCCUAUUUAUCAGAAUUCUGAUACUCAAGUAUUAUUACGUUCUAUUGCGAAAUCAUGUCCAAAAAUUAAAUCAUUAACAACAAUUUUCAAAUUAACUGAAGAUUUAAGUUUCUUGAAAUAUUUAUUAUCAUCAUGCAAUGAAUUGGAAAGUCUCACUCUUACGAAUAUUGAACCAAUCAGAAAUGAUGAAAUUAUUGAUGAUUGUGAAACGAUUAGUAAAAAAUUAGAAAAACAACUAAGAAUUGAUGGAAAUUGGAACGUUAAACAUGAAAUGAUUGAAUAUACAUUAUAUACAUUAUAUAGAUUUUUUAUAGAAAAGGCAUAA